UUCAAAAUGGAGCACAUAGUUGAAUUUCCUAUGAAAUAGCAUCACAGUAUCCAGGGAAACAACAUCUUUCUUAGUUUGAAAGAUUAGAAAAAAAAGAAUGGCUGUUUAUUUUGACCAUCGGUUAAAAACCGAUUCUCAGGGGAUCAACACAGAUGUAUCAUGGUAUAGCGGUUCUCCUCAUUUAGCUGUUAAUACCUACAGUGAUGCCUCCGGAGGUGCUGUUCAUCUUUAUAUGGAAGAGGGAGAACAGUUACUGAAUGUUCAGCUUCAGAGAAGUUGUCAAGCCACAUCUAGUGCAUGGCAUCCUAACAAAAAGAUCAUAGCUGUUGGCUGGGAUAAUGGAGAGUUACUUGUUUGGAAUAGUGUAGAUGGAGAAUUGUUUGAAGGAUUACCUCUACACAAAACACCUAUUACUGUGUUGGAAUGGAGCAGUAAUGGUACCCGCUUGACUUCUGGAGAUAAGUCAGGAGUAGUUAUGGUAUGGAAAGCUGACAGUAAAGGCAGAUUACAACAGAAUCCCCUUCACCAACAUCAUGUUCAGGAACCAUUAAACAAGAUCUUAUGUAAACCUAUCCCACCACAAGAUCCAGCCACAGAUAUAAGUCAGCUAGCAAAGGCUGCAGUCAGUGGUGAUGAGAGUGCUUUAGAUAUGUUCAACUGGAAGAAGAGCGGGAAAAGUAAUAGUAUAAAAAUGGGAGGCUCUCCCUUUGGUUCCUCAGAAAGCUUGACAUUCUAUUUAGGUGGUGCUUCAGGUGGUGUUUAUUUUGUUGGAGAAUCUGGACAAUGUACACAAAUAUUCACAGCUGAUGGACCUGUAUUAAAACUAUUGUUUUAUGAAGAGAAGAAUGUCUUAAUCACAGUUACAGAGAAUCUGAUUCUAACACAGCAUGCCAUUCUACCAGAAGGGGAUGCCAAAGAAAUACUUAAAGUGAAGAUGUCUGGUAAGGGAGAUAACCCCACUGUUAUUUGGGCUGGUAAAGGUAUACUGGCAACAGCUACAGGUGAAGGAGCAGUCAGAAUGUGGGAUUUAGAUAAUGAAGAUAAUUAUAUUUUGUCAUUGGAUGGGCACAACAGCUAUGAUCCAAAUGAAAAUGUUAUGUGUAUUUCAUAUAGUCAAGAGAAAGGAAUGCUGGCUGGAGGUACAAAUAUGGGUGAUAUAGCUUUAUGGAAAUGGUCACCACCUAUUGGUGGAAAGAAAGUGGAAGGGGAACUCAAGUGGAAGUUACAAGCCCCAGCUACUGUGGAAGGUUCCAUUAGACAAGUAGAGUGGGGAUCCAGUAAAAACCUCCUAGCAGUGAACACAAUAGCCAAUGUAUUUAUGUUGAGUGAACAUACAAUGAGUUCUGGCUAUAAAGAUCAGACAGCUGUUGUACAGUAUGGUCCUAGCUCUCUGUCUAUAGAGAUGUUUGCUACAGGACAGCACCAUGAUUUAAAAACAGAAAUACAGGUCAAAGGCAUCUACACAACAAAGGAUGCCUUGGCUUUAUGGAAUGGCAGACGAGUCAUAACAUAUGACUAUGCUCAAGAUAAAGCCUCGAUAAAGGCUGCAGGAACAUUUACAACUGAAGCUAUGGAGGUUUGCUUAUAUGAGCAAAAUGUGUAUUGCAUAGAACCAGGGAAAGUUCAAGUUAGAACACAUCAGGGAACAGUAAAACAGGUAUUGAAUUUCAAUGAAGUAGAAGGACAGCCUGCCAGUAUUGAUGUAUGUGCCAACUAUCUGGUUAUAGCUACAAGUAAUGGAAUUGUUAGAGUUUAUGAUCUAUCUAGAAGGGAAGCAAAAGCUCACAGUCAGCCUAAGAACCUAAGUGAAGUAAUACCAGGAUUUGGUGGUAUUGUCUCCUGUAAAUGUAACUGUAAUGGUACAAAAGUCAGUCUUAUGGUCAGGAUGCAUGAUGGCCAUGUGGAUCCCAAGUUGUAUUUCUGGGAUGUAGAGACAGAUACAGUGACUUUCUUUAACUUUGAGUCGGGUAGAGGGGAACAGGAUGAUUAUCCACCAGAACAGAUAGAGGGGUUAGAGGUCGACACUAAUGAUGCCGAAAGAGGGAAAACCCAAGCUGCUAAAGAUAUAGCUGGUAGAACACCUACAUCUCAUCACUGGGAUCAUACAGAACCUAAGUUAAUUAUAUGUCAAGCUACAGUACUGGCUAGUGCCUUUGAAAAGAAAGAGAAAGAAGAGAAGAAGACACACUCAUUGUCUAAAUCAAUGGAUGAAGGACCUGUUGAAGUUAUGGUUGUUUCCUUAUUCUCUACACCAGAGAAUGGAACAUUGAUACAGGAUAGCUUCCCAAUGCCAGAACAGUUCCAGGCGUUACUUGGUGUAGAAGUGCCAUAUUACUACUUUGUUAAAAAGAGUGCCAAUGAUGCAGAAGGAUCUGAAACACUAAAGAAUGAUGAGGAACUCCCAGAAAAUGUAGUCAAGGCUGAGGGAGCAUCUCCAAGAUUAGUAGCUAGAAAAACCAUGAGAGAUUUUGUUGGCUUAGAAAAGAGUGAUAAAAAUACAAAAGAUGCCAUGUUAAAUUUUAGUUUCUAUUUAACAAUAGGGAAUAUGGAUGAGGCAUUUAAAGCAAUUAAAUUAAUAAAAAGUGAAUCUGUGUGGGAGAAUAUGGCCAAGAUGUGUGUAAAGAGUAGAAGACUUGAUGUUGCUAGUGUUUGUCUGGGUAACAUGGGUAAUGCUAGAGGUGCUAAAGCUCUUAGGGAAGCCAUGAAAGAACCAGAAUUAGAUGCCAAAGUAGCAGUUCUAGCUAUGCAACUAGGGUUAAAGGAGGAUGCUGAAAGGUUGCUAAAGAACUGUAAAAGAUAUGAUUUGUUAAAUGAAUUUUAUCAGUCUACAGGACAGUGGAAAAAGGCUUUGGAAACAGCAGAGACCUAUGAUAGGAUACACCUCCGUACAACAUAUUAUAACUAUGCUAAGCAUCUAGAGACAAAUGGAGAAUUAUCUGAAGCUAUACCAAAUUUUGAGAAAUCUGAUACACAUAGAUUUGAAGUACCAAGAAUGUUAUUUGAAGAACCUGAUGCCUUGGAACAAUAUAUUAGUCGACAUAAAGACAGGGCCCUACACAAAUGGUGGGCACAGUACAUGGAGAGUACAGGAGAAAUGGAAACUGCCCUGCAGUAUUAUGAAAAUGCCCAGGACUAUCUUUCUCUAGUCAGAGUUUAUUGCUACUGUGGAAAUAUGGAAAAAGCUGCAGAAAUCUGUAAUGAAACAGGGGACAAAGCUGCGUGUUAUCAUCUAGGUAGACAGUUUGAAAAUCAGGACCAGAUCAAAGAAGCUAUACAUUUCUUCCAGAGAGCACAAGCAUUUGGUAAUGCUAUCAGGUUAUGCAAGGAACAUGGAUAUGAAGAUCAGUUAAUGAAUCUAGCAUUGUUAGGACGUCCUGAGGACAUGAUGGAGGCAGCUCGGUAUUAUGAACAAAAGCAUGGAUCCCAGGAUAAAGCAGUUAUGUUGUACCACAAGGCUGGAAACUUUUCCAAAGCUUUGGACCUAUCAUUUAGAGCUAAACAAUUUGGUGCACUACAGUUGAUCUCAGGAGAGCUUGAUGAGAGGGCAGAUCCAGAACUUCUUCAGAGAUGUGGAGAUUUCUUCUUAGAGAAUGGACAGUAUGACAAAGCUGUAGACCUAUUAGCUAUUGGCAAGAAAUAUUGGGAAGCUUUAAAGAUCUGCAUGGACCAGCACGUUGAGAUAAAUGAGGACUUAGCAGAGAAAUUAACCCCAGAUAAAGAUGAACCUGGUAUUGAUACUAUGGAAAGAAUCAAAAUACUAGAAGCUAUAGCUGAAGUCUGUAUGCAUCAAGGAGGAUAUCAUCUGGCUACUAAGAAAUUCACUCAGGCUGGAAACAAAAUCAAGGCAAUGAAAGCGUUACUGAAGUCAGGUGACACAGAGAAGAUUGUAUUCUUUGCUGGCGUGUCCAGACAGAAGGAGAUCUAUGUGAUGGCUGCUAACUACUUACAAUCCUUAGACUGGAGAAAGGAUCCUGAGAUUAUGAAGAAUAUCAUUGGAUUCUACACCAAAGGCAGAGCUCUGGACUCAUUAGCAGGAUUUUAUGAUGCUUGUGCUAUGGUAGAGAUAGAUGAGUAUCAGAACUAUGAUAAAGCCCUUGGUGCAUUAGGAGAGGCAUAUAAAUGUUUAGGUAAAGCUAAGAUGAGUGAUGAAAUUAUGCAGGAAGAGAAACUCUCACAUCUUAAAAACAAAAUGGCUUUGAUCAAAAAAUUUGUCACUGCAAGAAGAGCAUAUCAAGACAACCCAGAAGAAGCUGUUAAGCAGUGUCAAGUUUUACUGGAGGAACAGAGCUUAGAUUCUGCAGUUAGAGUAGGAGAUGUAUAUGGACUAAUGAUUGAACAUUAUGCUAGACGUGAACGAUGGAAGGCUGCCCAAGCUGCUAUGGAAGAAAUGAGAAUGAGAAUUCCAAGUGUUAAUAUGGCUUACUAUGUCAAUAUUAGGACAAUAGAAGCUGUUUAUCGUGCACUAGAUAUGCCCUUACCAAAGACAAUAACAAGUACGGCAAUCAACGGGUACGGAGGGGGAGAAGAAGACGGAGAAAUUGUGGAAGAAGAAGUUGUAGAUCAAAUAAACUAUGGUGAUGAUGUAUGAUUUUAGUUUAUGUUUUUAAUUAUUUGUUAUCAUGUUCUGGUUGAAAAUUGUAGAAACAAAUUAAAGAAUAGACUAAUGGUCGGCUUUUUCUGGUGUAAUGUGCCUUGUCGUAUAAAGGUAAAAAUAAGAUCCUGAAGAUACAAUAUAACAUUCUUGUUGAUCUUUUAAGCAUGACACUAAGAGUGGUUGUAUCUUGAUUAAAUAUCCAAUGUUCAUUUAUACUGUGAUACUUAAUAUGAAGUGAAGGAUUUCAAUAAUACAUGUUACUUUUUUUUAUAUUUUUUUGUACAGUCAAUUUUUUAUUAUAAAUUUCAUUGACAAGCAAGUAAGCAAAAUCUCUGAACUAUUUAUACAGAGCAGUUUGAAGAGUAGAACACUGCACACUACUGUGGAUGCAUUGCUAUUUAAAGGUUAUUUAUUAUUUCGUGGAUUGUGUUGAUAAAUGUGAACAAUUUAAGUGUUCAACAAUAAAACACAAAUUUCCUAUAGGUUUGUAUGCAAAAUUUGUCAAAACCAUGAAAUGAAAUAUUCACAAAUUUUCUAUUUUUCUUUAAUCCACAAAAUUUGGUACCCACGAAAAUAAGAAGAUUCACUGUAUUUAAAAAAUAGUCAUAUAUUUUUGUAAAGCUUACAAUAUUAACAUGAUAAGUGUAAAUGUUUGUUAUAGCAUAGUACUUAAAAUUUCCUUAUUUAAAAUGCAUGAUUUUAUAAAAGUAAGGGAGGAGUUAUUCUUUUAAAGAAAAGUUAUAUUGAAAUGCUACAUUUAGAAGAAAGUUGUACACAUAUUCAUUGUUUUGUAUAUAUGAUCUAAAUGUAACUAUUUACAUUCCAUGUGCUUUAUUUAUAUAUUGCAUUAUACUUUAUUUUAAUUUUGUUUAUGGUAUUGUAAAUUUUUUAUCGAGUCCUGGUACAUGUCAGAGUAAAUUGUUAUUUAAAGAUUUUCUUUUUCGAUUCAUUCAUGGCAAAAAUUACAUCAGCCACAUUUACGGAGUGUCAUGAAAUGUUGUAAGUCCAGUGUGCCAUUAGAAAACUUUAGCACAUAGAAUGCUACAUUAAAUAUCAUGAUCAAUUAAUGAAAAUGAAAACCAGCAAGUUACCAAACAGUACACCUCAAAAUCUUUGCGUACUGCUUUCUGUUUAGAUCAAUUUUUAAGAAAUAUAUAUAUAUAUUUUUAAAAAUAAUGAAAAAUAUUUGUUCUUUAACUUGAGAGAAUGCUGUCUAUCUAACCUGUCUUCACAGCUGUUAAAAUUUAUUGCACUGCUUGUAAAAUAUAGUGUAUGAAUGUUCUUAGUUUGAAUGUGGUUGAUUUUUACACUGAAUGAUAGAGGUUUGAUAUUGGUACUAGGUCUCUGCUUAAAGAUUUAAAAAUAAAAACAAGACCUGACUAUUAAAUGUGUUUGUACAUUCAUAUAAUAGAGUAUAGUUUUGUGUGAAUUAUGGUAAAACAAAUGUAAAAAUAACAUUUGCUUAUAGCGUACAUGUAUAUUUUUAUAGUGCUAUGAGUGUUUCAUUUUUGUGUGCAUUUCUAUAUUUUUGUCAGUUGAUGUGAGUUGAAAGUUUAGAAAUCCAGAAAAAAGUCAUUCAGGCUGUGUUCAACUCUGCUCAUAUCAUACUUAAGAUUUUAUUAACAUUAGAACUACUUUGUUUAUGUUUAGACUUUUGUUUUUCUUAUCACUGAGGGUACAUUGUGGUUGUUAUGAUAUAGCAAGACAAAUAUGACAAGAAAUUAUUGAAAUUUCUACCAAUUUAUUUUGUACUGAUUAACAAAUAAUUUAAGUAUGGUAUUGGUAGUUAAACUUCAGGAAUUCUCGAUAUUCAUAACAUGUUAUUUCUUGCAUGUAGAGGAAAGUCUUGAAGCUCCAAACAGAAAUUAAAAAUAUGAUAUUCACAUAUUUCUUCAGACUGCAUCUCACCCUGUUAUGUGUCAUACAUAAAGAUUGAUAGAAGCUAAUAUUAAUAUUUUACAUGAUUCAUUCAACAUUCAAUUAUAAACAAUAUAGGUCACUGUACUUAUUUUGGAAAAAUAUGGGAUUCAAAAUUCAACAAUUUUAAAUUGGGAAAAACCUGUCUUUAGUUAAUUUAGCAAAAACUUAUCUAUAGAAAUUCUUAACUUUUUUAGUAAUAUUUUAGAAUAUCAAUCCAUUUCAGGAAAUAAAAAGAAAAUGGGGUACCUGCUCAUUUUGUUUUGGAAUUUGAAAAAUAUAUUUGAGUAUUAUUUGGUUUCCAGUUUUAUUAUCUGCCCUUGAAUUGGAAAUAUUUUGUAGUUAUUUCCCUUUGAAAAAUGAUCCUUUUUUUUCAACUCAUUUAAAAGUCAAUACAUAUAGUGUUUCUUUAAUAAAUUGUCAAGGAUAAGAAAAAAUGUUAUAAGCAAGUUCAUUUCCAUUAAUGAUAAUAAAUUCUCAGAUAUAUCAGUAGACCUGUCCAUAUUAGUGGCAUCUUAAUCUCAAGUCCAGUUGAUCUAAGAGGGCAUUUACGUUUGAGUGAUUGGUAGAAUUUUAAAAUUCUACACAUAUAUGUGAUACUAAUGUAAAUUUUUUGUUUUGUUGUGAAGAACCAAAUUUACUAUUUUUAUAUCAGAAAUUUUAAAUUUCAAUAUUUUUUUGCUCAUGCUAUUUUCACUUAAAAAACUUAUAUAAAACAAAUUCAUUUAUUAAAUUAGUGAUGCAUGUAAUAAUGUACAUAAACGUAUUGUAAGUUAUAGAAUAGACUUGUCUGGAUGGUAUUAGAGUUAACUGACUUAGUAGAACACUUCAAAAUGUAAACUGUGUUCAAGAUAAAAUUAAUGUCAAUUUGACAAUACUGAAAGUUUUAAUCGCAGUGUUCAUUAUUCAGAUUCAUAGAAACAAUAAGAAUUUGUUUCUUAUAUCAAGAUCUUGUCAGGUUAUAGGUUAGUUAACCCAGCAUGUAAAUGCUUGAAAUAUUUAAAGUUUUGUAAUCAUUUAUUUUGGUGUGAACAGAUAGAUUUCCAUUUAUUAUUACACUAUUGUCGUUUUUGUUUAAUUAAAAUUCAAUUGUGAUUAAAAAUAUUCCAAAUAUUUUUUUUUAUGAUACUGUAAAUUAGCCUGUAAGACCAACUAUUAUUGUUUCCACCGACAGUGCUGUUAUCAAAUUAUUUUACUUCCGUCCUAAAGUGUCUGUGAUAUUACACUUUCUCAAGGCUAGCAAACAAUAUUAUAGAUAUACAGUUGUCAUUUUUAAUAUCCAUCUUGAAAUAUUUUUUUUUAAUUUCUCCAACACCUCACACUAUAACCAUGAUAUUUUAUUAUGUUAACAUAUGCCUAUCUGACCCUGCUAAAAUUUCCAUAACAAAUUUUGUAUCCCUAGAAUUUCAUCCUACAGUUACUGUCAUUUUUAACUUCAAGGAAGAGUUGUGAUAAAUGCCAUUUUUUGGAUGUGAAAAUGUAAAAUUAGUAAACAUUUAUUUCUGGAACAGCUCUAAGGCAAAUGGGAAAAUAUAAAUACGAUAUCCAAAAGAAAAAUCAUGUCUUGUAAACUAAUGAAGGAUGUUAUUGAUAAAUCAUAAUAUUUUUUUUUUUUCUAAUUCAAUGGGACCAAAAAGACCCUUAUCAUAAAUUCUCCUUUAUCAUCAAAACAAUUGAGGUUUGACCUCAGAUUAUCACUAAAUGAUUUUCAAGUAGAUGAAAUUCCAUUGCACACAAUGACUUGCACUAAUAUGUUAUUUUGACUCUUUAAAUGUUAUUGUACAAACAUAUCCUUGAAUCUGUCAACUAAACCCACUAGGGUCUGUUUUGUUUUAAAGCACAUGGCCUGUUGAGACAAAUGCAGGUGACCAAAGUCUUGUCUGGUCAUUUUUCAAAUUAAAUCAAAGAUCACUGGUGGUUAGUACUAAUUAUCAUUACUAAAAAGUGAAUGAGACUCUCAAGUGAGAAAUGCAGACUCAUUAGAGCUCCAUCAAAAUUUACUGCAUAUUUUAACUUGGACUUUGCCGUGAUAAUAUUAUUCAUGGCAGAUAUUGUAUAGAUUUCAUUCUUAAUUCAACAAUGGUUGUAAGAAGUAAAAAUAUGAAUUAUUGAAUUAUAUUAAAAUGAAUCUCUAGAUUAUCUCACUGUAUGGCAUAUUAAUUUGUCUAACAAUGUCGUGUGUUUAUAAUUUAUUAUUUUUUAGUGUACUGUUUUCUAAUUGUUUUGACUAAAUGGUAUUUAUGUUUACAUUUUCUAUGCACUCAUAUUAUUGUUGAUGGUUGUGAUAAAGAAAAUGAAAGUAAAAGAAAAUUGAUGUUUCCGUCCACAAUAAUUUCUGAUCUUCUCCAUGAAAAUAAAAUACUAUGAAAGACA